UCAUGGCGGCUUCUCUGGUUUCCCGGUUAUGGCUCUGGGCAUUAUUACUGACCCCGGCGACCGCAGUCUACGAAGACCAAGUGGGCAAGUUCGAUUGGAGACAGCAGUAUGUGGGGAAAAUCAAGUUUGCCUCUUUGGAAUUUUCUCCUGGAUCCAAGAAGUUAGUCGUGGCCACAGAGAAGAAUGUGAUUGCAGCAUUGAAUUCUCGCACAGGGGAGAUCUUGUGGCGCCAUGUUGACAAGGGCACGCCGGAAGGGGCUGUGGAUGCCAUGCUGCUCCACGGACAGGAUGCAAUCACAGUGUCUAAUGGAGGGCGAAUCAUGCGCUCCUGGGAGACCAACAUUGGGGGCCUGAACUGGGAGAUUACCUUGGACAGUGGCAGUUUUCAGGCACUUGGGCUGGUAGGUCUGCAGGAAUCAGUGAGGUAUGUUGCAGUCCUGAAGAAGACCACACUUGCCCUCCAUCAUCUCUCCAGUGGGCACCUGAAGUGGGUGGAGCAUCUCCCAGAAAGUGACAGCAUCCAUUACCAGAUGGUGUACUCCUACGGCUCUGGGGUGGUGUGGGCUCUGGGAAUUGUCCCCUUCAGCCAUGUGAACAUUGUCAAGUUCAGUGUGGAAGAUGGAGAGAUUGUUCAGCAGGUCAGAGUUUCAACACCUUGGCUGCAAACUCUGACCGGAGCCUGUGGCGUGGUGAGUGAGGCUGUCCUGGUGUGCCCUGAUCCGAGCUCGCGUUCCCUCCAAACGUUGGCCCUAGAGACAGAGUGGGAGCUGAGGCAGAUCCCAUUGCAGUCUCUUGAUUUAGAAAUCAGAAAUGGCUUCCAGCCUCGCAUCCUGGCCACACAGCCCAACCCAGUGGAUCCUUCUCGGCCCCAGUUUUUCCUGCAGUUAUCCCCAAGCCACUAUGCUCUGCUGCACUACCAUCAUGGGGUCCUAAGCCUGCUCAAAAACUUCUUACAGACUGCCUUGGUGAGCUUUGCCACCACUGGGGAGAAGACAGUGGCUGCCGUUAUGACUUGCCUACAUGAACCACAGAAAACUAGCAGUUCUGAAGAUGGGUCAGUGAGAAGUGCUUUGGAGAAGCCUAGCCCAAAGCACUCCCUGGACUGCUUCAACCAGACUUACACCAUUAACCUCUACUUAGUGGAGACAGGGCGGCGGCUGCUUGACACCACGAUUACAUUUAGCCUGGAACAGAAUGGAACUCGGCCUGAGCGGCUGUAUAUUCAGGUGUUCUUGAAAAAGGAUGACUCAGUGGGCUAUCGGGCCCUGGUACAGACAGAGGAUCACCUGCUACUUUUCCUGCAGCAGCUGGCAGGGAAGGUGGUGCUGUGGAGCCGGGAAGAGUCACUGGCAGAAGUGGUGUGCCUUGAGAUGGUGGAUCUCCCCCUGACGGGGGCACAGGCUGAGCUGGAAGGAGAAUUUGGCAAGAAAGCAGAUGGCUUGCUGGGGAUGUUCCUGAAACGCCUUUCGUCUCAGCUCAUCCUGUUGCAGGCGUGGACUGCCCACCUCUGGAAAAUGUUCUAUGAUGCUCGGAAGCCCCGAAGUCAGAUUAAGAAUGAGAUCAACAUCGAUACCCUCGCCAGGGAUGAAUUCAACCUGCAGAAGAUGAUGGUAAUGGCAACAGCUUCAGGCAAGCUUUUUGGCAUUGAGAGCAGUUCGGGUACCAUCCUGUGGAAACAGUAUCUUCCCAAUGUUAAGCCAGACUCCUCCUUUAAACUGAUGGUGCAGAGGACAACUGCUCACUUCCCCCACCCUCCGCAGUGUACCCUCCUGGUAAAGGACAAGGAGACAGGAAUGAGCUCUCUUUAUGUCUUCAAUCCCAUUUUUGGAAAGUGGAGUCAAGUGGCUCCCCCAGUACUGAAGCGCCCCAUCCUGCAGUCCUUGCUUCUACCCGUCAUGGAUCAAGAUUAUGCCAAGGUGUUGCUGCUAAUAGAUGAUGAGUAUAAGGUCACAGCUUUCCCAGCCACUCGGAAUGUCUUACGACAGCUACAUGAGCUUGCCCCUUCCAUCUUCUUCUAUUUGGUGGAUGCAGAGCAGGGACGUCUAAGUGGAUACCGGCUUCGAAAGGAUCUCACCACUGAACUGAGUUGGGAGUUGACCAUCCCCCCAGAAGUACAACGGAUCGUCACGGUCAAGGGGAAGCGCAGCAGUGAACACGUUCAUUCCCAGGGCCGUGUGAUGGGGGAUCGGAGUGUGCUCUACAAGAGCCUGAACCCCAAUUUGCUGGCUGUUGUGACAGAGAGCACAGAUGUGCACCAUGAGCGUACCUUCAUUGGCAUCUUCCUCAUCGAUGGCAUUACAGGACGCAUCAUCCACUCCUCUGUGCAGAAGAAAGCCAAGGGCCCUGUCCAUAUCGUGCAUUCUGAGAACUGGGUGGUGUACCAGUACUGGAACACCAAGGCUCGGCGCAACGAGUUCACUGCUCUAGAGCUCUAUGAGGGAACCGAGCAGUACAACGCCACCGCCUUUAGCUCACUGGACCGCCCUCAGCUGCCCCAGGUCCUGCAGCAGUCCUAUAUCUUCCCCUCCUCCAUCAGCACCAUGGAGGCCACCAUCACAGAGCGGGGCAUCACCAGCCGACACCUGCUUAUUGGGCUACCUUCAGGAGCAAUCCUCUCCCUUCCUAAGGCCUUGUUGGAUCCCCGCCGUCCUGAGAUCCCAACAGAACAGAGCAGAGAAGAAAACCUAAUCCCAUAUUCUCCAGAUGUUCAGAUACAUGCAGAGCGAUUCAUCAACUAUAACCAGACAGUUUCUCGAAUGCGAGGUAUCUACACAGCUCCCUCGGGCCUGGAAUCCACGUGUUUGGUUGUAGCAUAUGGUUUAGACAUUUACCAGACUCGAGUCUACCCAUCAAAACAGUUUGAUGUCUUGAAGGAUGACUAUGACUACGUGUUAAUUAGCAGCGUCCUCUUUGGCCUGGUUUUUGCCACCAUGAUCACUAAGAGACUGGCUCAAGUGAAACUCCUGAAUCGCGCCUGGCGAUAGAGAUCAAGCACUAACCACCAGGAAGCUAAGAGCUCAGAGACUGUAGGUCGAUAAGCAGCUAGAGCUGCAAUUUGG